AUGUCUGUACUAGCCGAUGCUAACUGUGCAAUUUGUCGGCGAAAGUUUGAUUCUAACGAAAAAGCGUUUACAUCAAGCGGUAAAGUGUAUCACGAGCAAUGUUUCAUAUGCUGCCAGUGCUUGCAACCCUUCCCCGACGGAAUCUUCUUUGAACAUGAAGGCAGAAAAUACUGCGAUUACGAUUUCCGUAUCCUUUUCGCUCCAGUAUGUGGCGAUUGUGGAGAGUUUAUUUCUGGACGUGUUAUUAAAGCUUUAUCUCGAAAUUGGCAUCCUCAAUGUUUCCGUUGCGAGAUAUGUAAGACCUCAUUAGCAGACAGUGGAUUUGUCAAAAGUGGAAAUAGAGCUUUAUGUCGAAAGUGUAACGCCGAAGAAAAGCAAAGAAAGUUAAAUAUGACUAUCUGUAAGGAAUGCAAUGGCAUUAUCGAAGGAAGUGAUUUUAUAACCAUUAAUGGACAGAAGGCUCACAUUUUUCAUUUUGACUGCUAUGUGUGCGGGAAACCGCUAACAUCUCAUGGUUUUGAAAAAGAUGGGAAAACAUACUGUUUACGCUGUUACGACAAAAUGGGAGUACCAAUUUGUGCGGCUUGCAAACGACCAAUUACUGAUGUACAUAUUGUUGCGGCAUUGGGGAAGAGCUGGCAUGCUGAUCAUUUCGCGUGUGCCAAAUGUGAAAAGCCAUUCCAUGGGCGGCCACAUUAUGAACAUAAUGGAUUAGCUUAUUGCGAAACUCAUUAUAAUCAGUUAUUUGGAGAAAUAUGCUUCUAUUGCAACCAAGCCAUAAAGUCUGACAAAAUGAUACGAGCUUUUCGCAAACAUUGGUGCGAAGAUCACUUUCGGUGUAGUUCUUGCGGAAGUCAGUUAACGCUCAAGAGUAAAUUCUUUGAGCUCGAUUUACGUCCUCUAUGUAAAAAAUGCUACGAUCGUUUUCCUAGCAAGUUAAGAAAACACCUGAAAACCAGAAUGGGAAAGUCUGGAAAUUAA